AUGCAGUUAUUCAACCCUGCUCUUGAGAAAAACAUCACUUUUGUGCAUCCUGCAUAUCUCACAAUUAGUGGUUCAUCUGCCAUUGCAAACAUAAAACAUUACGAUGUGUUUCUCUUCUUUGUUUAUAUUGUUUCAGUGCUGGGAAACACAGCUGUAAUGGCCAUAAUAUACUUGGAUCAUAAUCUGAGAACUCCAAAAUAUGUUUCAGUUCCUAACCCAGUUUUUUUUUUCGAUCUGUUUGGUAGCUCUGCUUUGGUGACGAAGUUUCUUGACAUCUUUCUGUUUAACCAUCAUUCCAUCCUCUACAACUACUGCUUGACGUACCUGUUUUUCUGCUACACCCCCCUUUCAAUGUUGUUGUUUAAUCUGCUUGCACUGUCCUAUGACAGUCUGAUAGCUAUCACCUUCCCACUGUAUUAUCAAGUGAGGGUGACCCACAGUUAUCCUUUAAUGUUGUCUUUGAGUGCCUCUUUCUGGGUUUUUGUUGUAAUUGCUGUUCUCAUUGCAGUUGGUCUUCUCACAAGACUUUCCUUCUGUAAAUCUGUGGUUAUUAACAGCUAUUUCUGUGACCAUUGGCAGAUAUACCGGCUUUCCUGUAAUGAUAAUUUCCCCAAUUAUGUCAUUAGUUGUUUCUACCCAGUUCUUUUGUUUUGGCUUCCACUCAUUUUUAUCUUGUUCAGUUAUUUAUAUAUACUCAAGGCCUUUAAAACAUGCAUAGGUCAUCUCUCGUUCGUGGCAGUCUAUUUUAUCCUACUGUUAAUUACAUUUACAUUGAUGGAGAACAUACAGCCAAAUGCCAGGAUCAUAAACCUGUCUCUGACCUCCUCCAAUGUUGAACCCAAUCAUUUUUGUUCAACAGACACAAGAAAUCAAAGAAUCUGUGAAAAAGUUAUUUAA